AUGCUCUGGAGCGAUGGUUGUCAUACAGUUCUUCCUACUCACAGUAGGUUUCUAGGCCUCUCCUACUCCCUGCUGUAUCUCACCGUGCUCUCGCCUCACGGUGCCUUCCUGACCGCACACCUGGCGCAGCGGCACGUGCCCAGCUAUCAACUCUCACUGUUGAGGGGCGCGGGGGCCCUCCUUGGAGUGACCGGAGUCCUUAUGCACCCUCCGGCGCAAGAGCUGCUGGGCGCUCGCGUGGCCGAUGCCGUCUUCGUGCUGUGGCUCGCCGGCUGGACGGUGAUGGCGCUGGACGCCUUCCACCGGGCGCCGGAUGCGGGGAUGACUCCGACCUUGCUCCUUUUCAUGUCUGCCGUGUGCCUCGCGCGGCCGGGUCUCUAUGGCUUCGAGCUGGGCGUGCUGAACACCGAGCAGGACUUCUCUGAUGCUCGACAUCGAUCUGCCAUAGGUGCCGUGGAUUCGGCGCUCACAUCCUUCGCCACCUUGGCGAUGUACGGCUCCGGGCUGGUGCUCACGCGCCCCGAUCAGUUCGUGGUGCUGGUCGACGGCUCCACCCUCUUCGUCUCCCUGGGUGCGGGUGUGGCUGCUUUUGUACCAUUCGCACAAGCACAGGCCGUGGUUGAUGCUCGUGGGUUGGUUGUGGAUCUGCUGAAGCAGGGCUCUGUAGUGCCACCCCGAUGUAUGGAGGAGAUGUUCGACCUCACGGAAGUCUUGCGGAGGAAAGCUAGCCUCGCUUUCAAGCCGUUGUCCGGUGGCCGUGCGGCCAUCCAGAGCGCUUGGACGUCGCAGCGGUGGCGUCGCAGCGAGUCGUCCACGGAUGGCCUCAUGGCGCUCCUCAGGCCUGGGUGGGAAGAUGAGCAGUGCAAGAAGUCGCCCAAAGUGACCAGAAUCAGUACCGACCCCGAGGAGGCAGCGUUCAGCGCGAUCGGCGUACGCUACACCACGGCCGAGGGCUACCGGGUGGCGGAGACCUUCGGCGUGCCGCUGGCGGUGCUCCUGGGCGCUGGGCAUCGCCUCGCAGCGCCGGCGGCGGACUUCGCCGCGGGCGGCGCGGGCGGCGCGCUGGGCUUCGCGGUGCAGCUGGGCUUCCAGGCACCGGUGCAACUGCUGGUGGAGGCCACCGUUGGCCCAAGAACGCUGAAAUGCACUCACACCUGGGGUGCCGGUGGACACAUGAAGCAGUGCAGCCUCUCCAGGAUCCAGCUUCCUGGCGCCCUCACCUUGACCUUCCGCGCGGCCGGCUCGCCGGACACUGCGGGCGGAAGCGCGGGACACUGUGUGGCACUGCGGCUGGACUUGGAGAUCAGCUCACAGCAGGCCAGCGACGCAGCGCGCCGCUGCUUCGCCGCGCCGCUGCCGGCCGCGGCGCCGCCGCUGCUCACGGUGUCCGGGAGCGGGGUCGACCGGUCAAUUCCGCUGACGCGCUUCUCCUCCCCUGCCCCCAACGGCAUCAUCUGGAAAGCGGCCCUGCCGGCAGCAGCACCCCACACCUUCAACCGGCUCUAUGCGCGCCUCAGCUUUCCCUCCAUGGUGCAUCCCAUGCGGAUCCUUAUCGAGGAGUUGCAACCUUGGGUGGCCAUUGGAGAGGAGCCACAGUGUUUGAGGCGCUGCUUUACUGGAACAGCUUCGGCAUACGGACAGGUGGUACAGCGCUUGUUGCCUCCGGCCAUGCCUUUCGCCAUUUGGAUCCUGGCCGACGACCACGACGGCAGUGGGAUUUCGGGUGGACACUGUGCGAAUUACGACUUCGAGCUCAACCUCCGUCCUUUGGCUUCCCAGCGCAUCGCACAGGAGUUCUUAGGGCCUCCGGCCUGGCUCUGCGAGGGCGGCGCUUGGCCCAGACGGCUGGAGCAGCGCAACCAGGGAAGCCAAGUUGUAGAUCCAGGGGAGCUCCAGGUGCUGCGCCAACGCCGCUUCGCGCUGCGCGACCUCUUCGACCUCACCCGCCCGCCGGAGCGCGGCGAGGGGGAGUCCGCCGCCGCGGCCGGUUCGUUGGGCGGGUUGCACGCACUGGAAAUCCAGGUGACUGAACCUUCCAUUUUUCGCCUCACCACACAUGCGCCCACAGUGCCUGCGCGGCCGAUGCUGGUGCCUGGUCAUCGCGAGGAGGCGUGGUUGGCGCUGGCAAAGCCCCAGGAGUUCCCCACGCGACGCAUCCCCGCCGCAGGUCGGGAGUUUCGGCAUAGCAUCAGCGUGGAGUUGGCGCCGGGGGACUACACCUUGCUCUUUGUCUUGGAGAUGCCCACAGGUGGCUUGAGGCCUUGCGCAUCGCUACUGGUGAAUCUUCUCCUGGAACCUUUGGGGGCUGGUGGUAGCUGUGGCUCUGAUGCUGGCAACGGAAUUCUGGACUUGCAGGCAAUGGCUGAGCCGGUGCCACUGAGCGCUUGGCGUCCGCAACCCAUGAGCUUUAUGAUCACACUGCCGCGGCCACCGGGCACCUUCGAAGAGGGCGCGGGUGAUGCGCAGGGCCUUCAGAUCAUCGCACGGUCCUCCAUGAAUUUGGGCGUGGCCGCCGAGGGCAAUGCGCCACCCGUGGUGCUUCAUGCCAAGGUCACUUCACCCUUCUCCGCAGCGGACCUUCAGGUGACAUUCUACGAGAACGGGCAGCCGUUAGGAGAGCCACAGCCACUUCCCGAUGGCAAUGGCUAUACCGCCAUGGCUGGCCCGGCGAAGAAAGAGAGCUUCUACGAGGUGGUGCUCUUCCACGUGCCACGGCAUCACUCCAGUAGGACCACGUGCGUGGAGUUCAACGUGGAGUUGGCUGCCUUGAGUUUGACGCCGCCCACAGUGCAGGGGCAAUUCAUCGCUCCUUUGCCAGGCGCCGAGACCUGCUGGCAGCAGGAGCAGCUUCCGAACAUCCUCCGGGUGCGUGCCUUCGGCCGGGGCGGCCGUUGGGCGAGCUGAAGCGGCCGCGCCAGUGGCGGAAGUCAGGGUUUUUUUGGGGGGAGGGGUUGGUUUGCACGGGUGUGUUUUGGAUGUUUUUUGGUAGGGUGAAGAGAUGCACCAUGC